AUGUCAUCUCAGGCUAACAAUGGCCGUCGAAGGCCCACUCUCAGACAAAUGGUAGAGACGUACCUGGAAAAUAGACCCACCAGUCAGUCUCGAAGCAGUUUUAAUGAUGAUCCUUAUUCCGUAGUAUCCAUGCUUCUCAACCAGCUCCAGAGUAGUUCCAGUCUAGAUUCAAACAGAUUAGAUUCUAUGGUUGAUUUGCUGAACUCUCUGGGGGAUCAAAUAGACACAGAUACUGCCAAGGGAGUUGAUGAUGCCUAUUUAGAUCAAUUGGAUAGAGUUAACGUCAAGCAUUUAUCUCCUGACGAUACAUGUCCCAUUUGCACUAAUGAAUUUCACAACGAUCCAUACCCUUUGGUUGUGAGGUUGCCAUGCAACAAGAAUCACUAUUUUGACUUAGACUGCAUAGGACCAUGGUUGCAUUUGAACAAGACCUGCCCGUUGUGUCGUGUUGACGUGACGAAAAGGAAGGAGAUAGUACUACCCUCUGAUAGUGAGGAGGAAGAUGAUUUUGACGACAUGUAUGGCUGA